AAUAAUUGAAAAUAUAUUGCGAUAUAAAUAAAUAGGACUUGAAUUGAAUGACUCGUAUUUAGUGACCACAUGUCGAGCCGUCGGUAAUGAGUGAGUCGAGUGUCGCACCAGUGAUGGUAUCGUUUUGUUGUCAACGAUGUUGUCAACCAUUACGAACUCAUUCGUCAUUGAAUACCAUCGAUGAACAGUUGAUCAAUGAGUUGAACGGAGACAUCAACUCAAACGCCAACCGAAAUGUCGACCCGAAAGUGUUGACCACAAAAGACAAACAACCGAAUGUGAUGUACAAAGUGGUCACUUCGACCGUUUCAACUGACCAAUCGGGCAAUGGUUUCAUUGUAAUCGGCGACUCAAACAAUGGCUCACAAUCGACAGCAAAUGUCAUCCGAAGUGAUGGCAAACAUUAUCCGUCAAACUCUGGAAGCGUUGAUCGCAUGAAAUAUGAGCGACAAUUGUUUGAUAUCUUAUCGGAUCAGUCAGACAUUGAUCAUCCGCUUUGUGAAGAAUGUGCUGACUUUGUUAUCGACCAAAUGGAUCAACAGUUGAGACAACUGGAAGACGAGUGUAAGGAUUAUAACGAUUACUUAAAUAAAAUGGAAGCGAAUGAUGGCAUCGACUAUAAGGUCAGUGAAGACGAUAUCAAUGAAAUGACACAAAAGUUGGCAAAUUUGGAGACCAUUGAGAAGCAGUUGUUACAAGAGUUGGAUGAAGUGAAUGACCAACAAAAACAAGUCGACGAAGAACUUGAAAAACAGACGCAUGAAUUGCAAAGACUUUACGCCGAAGAAGAUAAGUAUUGGCACGAAUACAAUAAUAUUAGAAACAAUAUCUUCAUUUGUGAAGAUGAACAACAAAGUGCUGACAAUCAGCUUCGUUACGCACAGAAUCUGUUGGACAAACUUAAGAGAACUAAUGUCUUUAACGCAACUUUUCAUAUUUGGCACAGCGGAUGCUUUGGUACAAUCAAUGGUUUUCGAUUGGGCCGAAUGCCUAGUGUUCCGGUCGAAUGGGGAGAGAUCAAUGCCGCGUGGGGUCAGUCGGCACUUUUGUUGCACUCUUUGGCCAACAAAAUGAAUUUCACUUUCAAACGAUACAAAAUAGUUCCGUAUGGCAACCAUUCCUUCUUAGAGUCACUGGAAGAUAGAUCCCGUGAAUUACCGCUAUAUGCUUCGGGAGGUAUUCGUUACUUUUGGAACAACAAGUUUGACAAUGCAAUGGUGGCAUUCCUCGACUGUCUUCAACAGUUCAAAGAACACAUCCAAUUAAAGGAUUCUGGGUUUGUAUUACCUUAUAAGAUGGAAAAGGAUACCAUUGAAGACACAAAUCUUAAUGUUAAAUAUUCAAUAAAGAUUCAACUGAACUCAGAGGAACAAUGGACUAAAGCACUGAAAUUUAUGUUAACAAACCUCAAGUGGGCGCUCGCAUGGGUUUCCUCACAAUCCACUUAAGUCAUGAUAUAGUCGUAAUCAAUGUUUAAAUUAAU